UUCCAACUUAAAUCGAUGAAUUGCUGAUCGCGCCUCGCGCAAAGCGUGGCACAUAAACCAAGCUAUUCUUCCAGCCAGCUUUCCGAUCAGGUCUUGCAUGAUCAAUGAAUCACCGCUGAAUGUGCCCCGAUAUGCGCGCCAAAUCAGAGCCUAGUGCCUAUCCGUUUCUCCAGAGUCCCCGAUGAAUGAAUAUUCUACAGCUGCUCUGCAAUAUGGGCACUUGGGAAGACUAAAAUAUGAUCCGGAGAGUCAAUCAUGGAAGUUUCCCCGAACCUUGACACCGGCGCCGAGUCUACAUUACGCCGGAGCAGCAAGAACCACGGUCCCAUCUCCCCUCACGGUCCAACGGUCCUCGUCAUCUGCGAAGAAAUCCCUGAUACCGCAAGCAUAUCCCGAGCUUGGCCCCUGUUGGCCCCAGUUUCGCAACGAGACUCUCUCCAAUGCCAUCUCGAAAACCAGCGAAGUUUGUGACCCACUUGUCUCCUCGCUUCUCGAUAUAGGAUACGCGGUAGAUAUUGAAAAUGACGACUCGGGCAACCGCCUUGUCCCCAUAGCGGCUGUAGCAUCCGGGGAAUGCGGCAACGCUAUUAGCUUGUACAGAAUCGAGGAGGACACAGUCGAACUGAGGCAGGAUGCAACAGCCGAAGUGCGCGUUCCAUCAAUUGAGAAAUCAGAGAAUGUCCAUUGGUCUCUAGGUGGUGCGCCAGUCCGGCAAAUCUGUUUCGGUCAAACUGUAGAAGAAAAGGCGACAUGGAUGGCGGCUCGUUUCCCUCAUUCGACCAUAAUCUUCCGGCCGCUGUACCACCGAAAGCCCAAGUCUGCUCGCAUAUAUCAACAUGGCGAGCCCGCAAACCCCAUCGAAUGCGGCAUAUCCCACCUCGAUGCGAACCCGUUGGUGGAGAUUUCUUGUCAGCAGACUGGGGGCUGCAUGCAUGCAGAUGUGACCUUCAAUCCGUGGUACCCAAAACAACUGGGUAUUGUCGACGUGAGUGGAAGCUGGGGUAUAUGGAACAUAUCGGGUCGCCAUAAGAGAAACAAGGGCAAUUGGGCUGGCGAGUGCAUUAAAUCCGGCUCUUUGCCAUGGCUCGACAAUGGCGACAGCCAGGUCACAGAUGACUGUUCCAGAUAUGAUGGAUGGGCAAUCAUAGAAUGGGCCAGCGAUUUCAAUAGCUUUAUCGUGUCUGAUCGCCGUUGCCCAAUACUUUAUCGCAUGGAAAACGACCAGGUAUAUUCCUUUCCGAUAGAACUUGACUUGAAGCGCACAUCGGAAUGGAUUCUAGAUAUCAAAAGAAGCGCUUGCAAGGUGUCUCACGUUUCCAUCCUCACAACCUCUCGAGUGUUCUGGCUUGAUAUCGCUCUAGACCCUGCCUCGACCGCCGCCAGAAGUACGAGGCGCUCUUUAUAUCCCCGCUUGUCCUGGCAUCACUUCCGUGACCCUGAGGACACAACCUUGCAACUAUCACCGCUCCUAGUACACCAAGAACUCUACCUCGUGCUUUCUUCUCGGUUAAACAAUCUUGUAUUGACUUUUCAUUGUCCUACUGCAUCCAAGGACCACACAGAUACGGCAUCCGUCCCUGAUCCAUUCGUGUUAGAGGUCCCAACUCCAUACGAACCUACCUCAGCAAUCACAAUGCCUCUAAACACGAACCAGUUCUCUUCACUCUGUUUCAAGGAGAUUACAUACUUACCUUCAUCUCUUGGCAAGAAACACUAUGACCCGGCCGCAAAACUGAUAAAGCUCUUCUUGCUCGAUUCCCACCUAUCUGUCCGCGAAAUAAUUUAUACCCGACCUUGUGGUGAUGAUGCUGCUGAUGAGCAUGUUCUCGAGAAAGAUAUCUUGCGACUGAGGAGACGCUACCCGGGAGUUGCCACAGUCUCUUCGAAGCAGUCUCUGGAUGGGUUCAUCGUAGAUGAUUGGGACGAAUCUGUAUUUGGGGCUAAUGCGCGACCUACACUUGAUACAAAGCUUUCCAGGUGUGCACCAUUAGCCCCACGACAAUGGACCCUCGAUUACUCGCAUGCCUAUGCAAUCGCCAUUGGGAGCUUGAUUCUUUCAAAAGAAGGCGAAGGCUUGAGCUCAGUCGGGAAGUGUCUACGGGAUCUCAUAGAGCAUGUGGACGUUAAUACUCCUGGCGCAGCUCAGACCAGCCACAUUGCCAGUCAUACUUUACUCGAAGCCUCUGGAAAAAGUCGCUGGCUGCUAGAUGAUAUCGAUCAGAAUGCAAGGGAUCUUAGAGCCUUUUUUUCUUCGAUCGAGAGCAGCAGAUCAUCAUGGUCAACCUCGAAUCAGAAAAUAUCCGUUCUCAACCCACCCGACCUUUUUGGUAUGCCAUCAUCGACAGCCCCUGACUUGGAAGGGGUUUCCGCUCCCGGGACCUUGGUAGAAGUCUAUGACCGACUGGUCAAUGAUUGGUUAGCUGUUUUGCCGUAUGGCAUACCGGGGCGCACCCGAAUUAUGAAAGAAAAAGUCAUAAGAUCCGUUGCGGCUGAUCUCGCCCUGGCUCAGAUAUCCGUGACGCAUCCGCCAUCCCAGGCAAAUGACGACGCAACCUGGAAUACAUCACGAAGCCAACCCAAUGAACCAUUGCCUGAUCUAGCAAUGCUUUCUUUUCCGGGUGACCAGAAUUUAGGACCACCCGGCGCAAUUUCUCUCGGAGAAAGUAGUGAUAGGGAAGAUGGGGUGCCUGAGUUUGCGGAAGACUUGGCCGCAGUGUGCUCCAGUCUAUCUUCCUUGACUACAUUUUCAAGCAAGCGACCGUUGUCCAGAAGCACGACCAUCAUGAUACAACAUUGGCAAUUGGGGACAGAUCCAACUACCUACAACUGGCACCAAACCACGCAAAUGGUGGAUGGCGAAGACCCGCAGCGAGCUUUCCUGACGACAGCUUCGCAACGAAAACCGCGCAAGAAGGUACCAGGGGGCUCACAAGGGGCCAGUCAGCCUCAUUCCGCCCUCACACCUCCGGCGUCUUCCGCGGCCCCUGUUGUUCGGGAUUGGGGCAGCCAGCCAGACAACGGCGAACCGCCGGCCAUAAGACUGCAAAGCAGUCAACCCGUGGAAGAUGACCUUCCAAUGACCCAAAUCGAGCGAGGGAUGUUCGGCGGACGCGAAGCCAGCCGUAAGGUCGCCAUGAGGGCUAGAAAGAAGAAGAGGGCAGCUGGCUUCUAGGGGGAAGGACGGCUCGAUGGCGUAAUCCGAGGGAUGACACCGUAGUU